CCAUCGAGCCGGCCGACGGCCAUGGUGCUGGCACCCGGUGACGGGCCGACGCGCCGCUGACGCCCACUGCUCCGUGCACCCGCGGUCGUCCAGUGCACCCGCCGCGUACCCUGCGUGACCGUGUCCGGCCCUGGCGGCCCAGUGACGGUGACCGUGGACGGUGUAAGACGGCAGCUGAGGAGCUCACCCAGACCCUCCUGGAUCGGCCGGCGAGCGCAGAAGCGGUGGCCCCGAUGUGAGGGUUCUGCCUGACAAUCGGUCCCCGAAAGCUGCCACCAUUCUCUACACCUUCCAUUGGUCCAUAUUGCGCAAUGGGUCGGACCAGCCGGCAAACAGUGACACGGAGAUGGGAGAGACGAAAACGGGCUCCCGCGUCAUGAGCACGUCGGGUCGCUCGACGGCCGCCUCUGCCGAGGUGAGCUCUCUGUCGGCCGCCGAGGGCCGGCUGGCGCCCGACUCUCCGGCCACCUCCUCGGACACGGUGGAGCUCGAUGAGCGCUCCGGCGAGAUGGUGCAGGUGACGCUGGGCCACCCGUCCGGCGGCGCCGGCAUCGUUUACGGGCCGCCUCCGCCCACCCUGUCCACCUUUUCCGCGGCGGCGGCGGCGGCGGCGGCGGCCGCGCGCAGCCGGCCCACCAGUCUCGAGCGCGCCUCCAAGAGUCGCCAGCAGAGCCUGGAGCGGCGGCCCGGCUGCUCGCGCUCGCAGAGUCGCCAGUCGCACCACAGCGUCAGCUCGCAGCUGUACGGCGCCGGAGGCAGCCAGUACGGCGCGCAGACGCACUACGAGGCCAGCUACGACCCCUUCGACGACCCGGCCGUCGAGGUCGCCAUAGAGCCCGCAGGUGGGUUCCUUAUGUGGCCAUAGAGCCUAUACCGGUGGAUACAGGGUCGCCAAUCGCCAUCAUAGAACCCGCAUGCAAGCUUGUUCGGGGUAACCAAAGAUGGAAGAUCCCGGCUUCCAUCACUGUACUCAUGCUGUGUGGUCUAAAUUUUGGAGUAGAUCUGACAGGCCUAUAGAAUGUUGAUUUCCAAGG